CAUUCAUUCUUGCUUGAAAAGUUUUGAUUUUCAUUUAUAUUUGCCGCUUCUUUGAAUACAUAUUCGUGUGUGUUGGUUUUGGUAGUUGGCCGUACUUAACUUGGCACGUGUAGUUUUUGACUGAAAUUUUGUAAAAAGUGAAUAGUCCGUCAUUAAAAACUAAAAAUGGAACGAGAAGAAUUCUACGGAGUGACGCUUAGCGAAAAGGAACCCUUGGCGCAAUAUGAAGUGGAAGAGCCAACUACAACCGCAGAAGAUCAAAAGUUGGUAAUAAAACAGAUUUGCCUUGGUGCUGAAGCUAAAAACGGCGAAUUCAAUGUGGUGCAGGUGGAGGCGAGAAUUAAUCAAAAGGAAACCUUGAAAAUACCAAUUGCUGUGCUUAAAGCGGGAGAAACACGUGUUUUGCGUCCCAAUGUAGAAUUUCUGAACACUUCAGUUACAUUUAAACUAAUUCAAGGGACAGGACCUGUCCAUAUGUAUGGUCAAAACCUAUAUGGCCAAAAUUUGUACGGCCAAAAUUCUAUUGAUGAGUACGGUGAAGCUCCUUGGUCUGAAAAUGAAGAAAUGGAUGAUGAAGAUGAUGACGAAUAUGAUGAAGAAGCGUCGCCUCCACCACAAACAAAUGGCAAAAAUAGCCAUAAAAGAAAAUAAAUGUAAAUUACAUUAAUCAUGACCCAUGUUAAGUUUAUUACAUAAAAGAAUUGUAAUAGAAAAACAUAUUUUUGUACACUUAAGCUAAGAAUAUUGACCAUAUGUCAUAAUUGAAAGGAAAGUUUAUCAUUGUUUUGUGAAAUAAUGAAAACUGUUAAAACUAAUUUCUACUACAAAAUAAGACAACAAAAUUUUACUAUUGCAGUAAUUUUUAUAUUAGAAAAAGUAAUUUCAAUUUGACUGUACAACUUCCAUUUAUUUUCUUAUAUAGUAAUAUAUUAACUCUAUUAAUAAGAGACUUUUCCAAACGAAAAA